AUGGCUUCCCUACGUACUUCUCCGCGUACCCAAUCCAAAAGCAAAGGCGUUGUCACUGACAAGUCAAGCAGUCUUGAAGAUACACACAAUCAUUUAAGCCACAAGGCCACAUGGGACAGUGCCUCAACCCGAGUUUUCCUGCAAUUGAUUGCAAAUGAGAUAACUAAAGGCAAUCACCCAUUCCUAGUCCUCAGCCAAGUAGGGUACAAGUCCUUGGCAAGAAAAUUUGAGAGAAAAACAGGAAGAAAACAUGCACUCAAACAGUUGAAGAAUAAGUACAUGCGUUUGAAAAAAGAGUGGCAAGCGUGGACAAAGUUGAUGGAUUCAAGCAAAGGAGUGUCAGGGAUAGGGUUUGACUGUGACACCGGUAUGUUUCAGGCACCUGAGAAGUGGUGGGACAAAAUGGAAUCGAUAAACAAGGUGUGUGCCAAGUUUAGGAAAAAAACCUUGGAACAUCGUGACUUGAUGGAGACCGUCUUCAUGGGGGCAUCAGCUACUGGGAAGCACCAUUGGACCCCGGGCGAGGAACUUCCUGAAGUUGCUGAGGACUCAUCUAAUUCAGGGAAAAAGAGAAAGACGCCAUCAAGCAGUGUUUCAAAGUCUAAGAAGGCAACAAGUGGAGCGUCAGUUAUUGCGGAAAGCAUGAACACUCUGACAGAUGUGGUGCGUAUAAAGAAUCAGCAGGUUACAGUGAGGCACGUCACAGGCAACGAAACGCUUUUUACUAUUUCAGAGUACAUGCAUCGCCUGACAGGUAUUACAUCACUGGUUGGUACGCCCUUAUUCCACUUCGCCACAUCACUUAUGGAUAACGCCGAUUUACGGGAGGUGAUGAUGUGCCAGCCUGAUGACGACUCUAUCAUAGGGUGGCUUACCCAGAAGCAGCUCCAGUGCACUACAUCGGCGUCUUUUGCAAAUCUGUUCGGGCCUCGCCGGAUGUGA